AUGGACGAGUAUAGGGGUGGCCUAGGGGGGGUAAGCGGGUUGGGGGGCGAGGGGGAAAGGAGAGGGGAGGGCAGGAUGGGCGGGAGAGCCGUUGACGUGGGGGGAGGCUUGGCGGGUGAUUGGGAGGGGGAGCAUCAGCAGAGACGCUACAACCCGUUUCACCUGCAGCAAGAGCGGCAGCAGCAGCCAGAGUAUUUCGAGGAGGGCGACGAGGGGAGCGAAGAGGCGGAGGGGGAAGGGGGGGACGAGUCCGAGGAGGAUGUUCCGCUCAACCAGCGCAGGGGGAGCGCGCAGCACAGCGCGGAUGGGGGCGAGGGGGGGGCGCUGGGGGGCAGAGGCGCAGCGGGAGGAGUGCCUGCUCCAAGAGGGGGCGCUGGGCGCGGGAGGGGGCGGGGGAGAGGAAGAGGAGGGGGAGGAGGAGGGGUGGGGGGAAGGGGAGGCGGGGCUGUUGCUCCCCUGAAGCGCAAAUCCAGUGGCCCUCUGCCUCCCUUACCACACCCAUCCGUGCGCCAGCAGCAGGGGCUGCAAGAGCACGAGGAUGCUUAUAACGGAGAUGGAGUGCACGGAGAUGACUCUAUAGCGAGGGAGGACGCGUACGUGGGCAGUAGGUAUGGGGGUGGGCGGUAUAACGAGGCAGCAGCGGCGGAGAGAGAGGCGGUGCCAGGGCGGCUGCGGCUCACUGAGGAGGCGCACUCGCCCUUCCCCCUGCUCCCCCCGCCCCCCACCCCGCCUGCUGCCACGGCUGCAGCACGGUCGGCAGCAGAGGGUGGCAGAGCAGAGGCAGGCACAGGCAGUGGGCACACCCUGCAGCAGCAGCAGCGGCAGGAAGAGGGGGAGCAGGAGGGGCAGGAUGAGAAGCAGGGCAAGGGGGCAUCAGAUACGGGUGCGAGUGUGGCUGUCCGGUUUGCUGCAGCCAUGAGAGCCGCGGCUGCUGGGGAGGGGUCGCUGGCGGAGGAGGCAGCUGCCAUUGCUGCUGCUCUGCCUGCUCCACGCGUGUGGGACCAGACCAGCCUGGACAGGAUCUCGACCGUUGAUCGCGAGGAGAGGAUUCGACGGCUGGAGUCGCAGUGCAUGGACGAGUGUGUGCAGCUGUGCCGCGACCUCAUCGUGCGCCAACGCCUCUGGCACCAGGUGGGACAAGGGGGGAGAGGGGGGAAGCGCCUCUGGCACCAGGUGGGACAAGGGGGGAGAGGGGGGAAGCGCCUCUGGCACCAGGUGGGAGAGACAACGCCUCUGGCUCCAGGUGGGAGAGACAACGCCUCUGGCUCCAGGUGGGAGAGACAACGCCUCUGGCUCCAGGGGGGUGGAUGGGGGGAGGGAUGGCAGCUGGUGUGGGGAGGGAAGCGCCUGUGGCAUGAGGACAUAGUGGAUGCGGGAAAGCCCCUGCCGCCCGUCAAGCUCUUCCCCAUCGUGCCGCCACUGGACCUCCUCGACCCCGUCAGCCCGCCUGCCCUCCCUCACCUCCACUUUGACUCGCUCCUCCCGCUCCUCCCACCCGCCAUGCAAGCUGCUGCUGGGGCAACAGCUGCUGCUGGUGGGAGGGGAGUGAAGGGGAAGGCGGAGGCGGAUGUGGGGGCGGGCAGUGCAGGGGGGCGGGGAGGACGGGGCAGAGGAGGGCGAGGGAGAGGGAGGGGAGGGAGGGGAAUGAAGCCGGCGGGCUGGGAUGCUGAGUCGUCCGCUGCCGUGUGUGCUGGUGGCGAGUCAGCUGAAGGUGGGGCGGUGGCGGCAGGUUUACGGUUGAAACAAGAGGCGGCUGGGGCGGAGUGGGAGGAGGAUGCACCGUUGCGAAGGCAGCAGCAGCAGGGGGGGAUGAAGAGGCAUCUGGGGCAGGUGGGGGGCGCGCAGGGGCUGCAGGGCAGCGUUCCCGUGGUGGGUCGGCCGAAGCAGAUGGUUCGGCGGCUGCUGGUGUGGCGGGCGAAUGAGCGCGAGGCGCUGAGGAAGGCCCUGCUCGCGUUUGGGCUCACCCGACCGUCCAUGGUGAGCGACGAGGAUGCGGGGGAAGAAGGGAGUGGGGGCUUGCGAGAGUAA